GGGAAGCGGAGCGCGUUCCGGAGCAGCGUAGGCUGCGCGCUGCGUUCGACAGGAGAUUUUCGGGGCAGUGAGAAUCACAUCCCGGCCGCCCCCACUCUUUCUCCCUCUCUCUCUCUCUCUCUCUCUCUCUCUCACUCCCUCUAUUUUACGUAAACAUUCCGGACAUGGCCGACCCAGGAGCGGACGGUGAUGCGGGGGGCGCGCGCGGCUUCGCGCGACAGGGCGCGCUGCGGCAGAAGAAUGUGCACGAAGUGAAGGACCACAAGUUCAUCGCGCGCUUCUUCAAGCAGCCCACCUUCUGCAGCCACUGCACCGACUUCAUCUGGGGUUUUGGCAAGCAGGGUUUCCAGUGCCAAGUGUGUUGUUUUGUGGUACACAAACGCUGCCAUGAGUUCGUCACAUUCUCCUGCCCAGGAGCGGACAAGGGACCGGCGUCAGACGAUCCCCGCAGUAAACACAAAUUUAAGGUACACACCUACUCCAGUCCCACUUUCUGUGACCACUGUGGAUCUCUACUUUACGGACUCAUACACCAGGGGAUGAAAUGUGACACCUGCAUGAUGAACAUUCAUAAACGCUGUGUGACCAACGUCCCGAGUCUGUGUGGGACGGAUCACACGGAGCGGAGAGGACGACUGCACAUCAGCGCCGACAUCAAGGAGACCAAGCUGACCGUAACCAUCAGAGAAGCUCGGAACCUGGUGCCCAUGGACCCCAACGGCCUGUCGGACCCGUACGUGAAGCUCAAACUGGUUCCUGACCCCAAGAGCGAAAGCAAGCAGAAAACCAAAACCAUCAAAUGUUCCCUCAACCCCACCUGGAACGAGACUUUUACAUUUAACCUGCGCGAGACGGAUAAAGACAGACGUCUGUCUGUGGAGAUCUGGGACUGGGAUCUGACCAGCAGGAACGACUUCAUGGGUUCUCUCUCCUUCGGCAUCUCCGAGCUCCAAAAGCAAGGGGUCAGUGGCUGGUAUAAAUUGUUGAGCCAAGAAGAAGGCGAGUAUUUUAACGUCCCGGUUCAACCAGACGGUGAAGAAGGAAACGAGGAACUGAGGCAGAAGUUUGAGAGAGCCAGGAUCGGUCCGGGAAACAAGAACACUGACAGCUCUUCAUCCAACAACAUCUCCAAAUACGACGCCAACGGCAACCAGGACCGAGUGAAGCUCUCCGAUUUUAAUUUUAUCAUGGUACUGGGAAAAGGCAGCUUCGGAAAGGUGAUGCUGGCCGAGCGUAAAGGAACGGACGAGCUGUACGCCGUGAAGAUCCUGAAGAAGGACGUGGUGAUCCAGGACGAUGACGUGGAGUGCACCAUGGUGGAGAAGAGAGUUCUGGCACUUUCUGGAAAACCACCUUUUCUUACACAGCUGCACUCCUGCUUUCAGACCAUGGACCGCCUGUACUUUGUGAUGGAGUACAUUAACGGUGGAGAUCUGAUGUACCAGAUACAACAAGUGGGGAAGUUUAAGGAGCCACAUGCUGUGUUCUAUGCUGCAGAGAUUGCCAUUGGUCUUUUCUUUCUCCACUCGAAAGGCAUCAUUUACAGAGACUUAAAGUUGGAUAACGUGAUGCUGGAUUCUGAGGGUCACAUUAAAAUCGCUGACUUUGGCAUGUGUAAGGAGAACAUGAGCGAUGGAGUGACCACCAAGACCUUCUGUGGAACUCCAGACUACAUCGCACCUGAGAUCAUUGCCUAUCAGCCCUAUGGGAAGUCAGUGGACUGGUGGGCCUAUGGAGUUCUGCUGUAUGAGAUGUUAGCAGGACAGCCUCCGUUUGAUGGUGAAGAUGAAGACGAGCUUUUCCAGUCCAUCAUGGAGCACCACGUCUCCUAUCCCAAAUCCAUGUCCAAAGAAGCUGUGGCUAUAUGCAAGGGCCUGAUGACGAAGCAUCCAGGGAAGCGCCUGGGUUGCGGCCCUGAGGGCGAGCGGGACAUUAAAGAACACGCCUUCUUCCGCUACAUGGACUGGGAGAAACUGCAGAACAAAGAGGUUCAACCUCCAUUCAAACCCAAAUCAAAAAAUCGGCGUGACACCAGCAACUUUGACAAGGAGUUCACCAAGAUGGCGGUGGAGCUCACUCCAACAGACAAACUCUUCAUCAUGAAUUUGGACCAGAACGAGUUCCAAGGUUUUUCCUACACCAAUCCCGAGUUUGUUAUUCAGGUGUAACAUCCAGUCUGUCGUGGGUUUCUCCUUUACCACAGCAUUAAAGUCCAUCCUACGAAGGCGAGGCGAGGAGAGCUGCGUUCCGGUGUGCUCAUUUUCCCAUGAACCUGUUUAAGUAUCUCAGAAACACUGGAUUACGUGGAGGGGGAAGGGAACAGAGAUAAAUGUUCAUAAUCUCCAUGAGAAGGUUUUGUCAUCUCCAUGAGAAUUAUCUGACCAGUCCCUGUAUUGUCUGCUAGCCCAAAUUCCAAAGACCAAAUUUUUACAAUAUGUCUCUUUAAAACAAACUCCAACAGUUCAAAACAAUUUACACAGAUUUACACAAUGUCAUAUAAAAACCACACACACAAACACACACACACACACCACCUGAAUUCUAAUAAACAACAAUCUCAGUAAUAAAUAAUACAUCACCAUCCAUGUUCUUUUCCAGUUCUAACACAUCGUUGUUAGCAUGUAGAAUUCACUUCUGAUUAAUGAUAGUAAGCUCUCCGAUACUUAGUUUGGGUGUUUUAUGUGAUAUAUGAAAAAAUAGAACAUAAAGAACAUUUGAAAGCUUGCAUUAAGCUUAAGUGUAAAGUUAAGAUUGUUUGUGGUUAGAGCUGAUAGUGCUACAAUGGCUUGCGUAAGUAUUCACCCCCUCAGAGCAGCUGCAGUUUGUAGUGUUAGAGAAGCGUGAUGUUAGCAUGGUGUUCAGCUUCAUCACUCAUGUCUGUGUGUUUUAUCUGAUCACACAUUUUUUAUGGACAGCUUCCUCUGGUAUCGGAAGGUUUUUUCAUACGCAAGCGUAACUAAUACUUUUCCCCACCUUUGUGUUUGAUCGCUCUUCCGUCUUCAUGAUGCCAUUUGUUUAAUAAUUUUGUGCUUAUUUAUCACAAUUACGUCCGUUUCACUUCCUGCUUCUAAUUGUAAAUGUAGGAAAAUGUAGGAUAGUUCAAGGGGGGUGUAUACUUAUGCACAAUUUUAUAUCUUAAAUCUACAAUUUAAAGGUUAAAGGAUAAAUGCCUGCAUUAACAGCUGAAGUGAAAUGCUAGUUUUAAUUCACAAGGAGAAACAUAUUUUCUAUUCCAGUACACAACCACAAUAUUAUUAGAAUUACUAUUAUUGUUUUAGAAUACGAAUCUCUGUGUGAAUUUUGACUGCAGUUAGUUACUAAUGCCGCAAGCUGUCUUUAGUUAACUGAGGAAGAUCUAUCAUCAUCAUCUUUUAUUUGAAUUUGUUCACUUUAAGUUCGUGUUCUGAAACGAAACCCAACUUGGAAAUUAAAAUAGUCCUCAUGAAUUUUGUGUUGGAAUGCAGCAUUUUGGGGACUUCGUAGACUCGUGAAGUGAAAAGAAAAAAAAAAGCAGAUAAAUGCGAGUCGCAGUCCACCAUGUGCAUGCUUUGGUAGAGCUUUCGCUCGUUUAACUCUUGUGUCGGUGUUUAUCGUGGUGGGUUUAUAUCUGUUGUUCUAGCAUAGAGCCUUAAAGAUUCUUAUGAUGUUUGAUCAUUUCUAUAGCUCUUUCAUUUUGUAUGUAGAAAUAAACGUACAAUAGAGAUCCUAGUCUUCCAUAUGAGCAAGCGUUGUGUGGUCAUGUGACUGGUGGUGAUGUAUUAUAAUUAUGGAUAGAUGAAUGUUGGUGUUAUUGAACAUUCGCUAACAGACGUUAAUAGACGGAAAAAUCUGUUUUAAAAAAGAAACAUUUAAUUCUUCAGAUUUCUUUUCUUGUUGUUUUCUGUGCGUGUGCCGCAUGUAGACACUCUAAACACGCAUGUAUUUGAUGCAGGAGGAAAUGUUAAAGGGCUUCCAGUACUAACCUUCCCCUAAAUUACGGAUUUAACUAUGCAAGUCAACAAUACAGCAAUGAAUCAUAUGUGAAUGAGAAUUAAAAAAAAAAAAACCUGAUGUAGGGGCGAGGGUUUAUC